AUGGCUAACUUCGUUUCGUCCCCAGGGAGAAUUCCCUCCGAUGCAGCCAACUUGCUCCAUUCAUCACAGCCGCCCUCGUCCAUCGGGAGGGACGCGUUCACUCCCCAGAGCACCCAGCCCCAGCUCUACUCAGAGUCCAACAUGUCCCAGGGAGGAGCCGCCACGCCAGUGGCGCCUGCUCCCAUGGUCGCUGGUAGAAGAAGACAGAUAGCCGUGCCCAAAGUGGUGGAUGUCACGGGUGAAAAGGUCAGGGAAAGUUUUGAACAGUUCCUCGAAGACUACACCGAAGACGAAGGCAACCACGAGUGGGAUGGCAAGGUGUACCUCGCGCAAAUCGAGACCAUGAAGACAUACGAAUACACCACGUUGUACGUGAACUACCAGCACUUGUUGGCGCGAGAAAACGGGGUGCUUGCGUCGGCCAUCUUGGAGCAGUACUACCGGUUCUAUCCGUUCUUGCUCAAGGGCUUGAGACGAGUGUUGAAGAAAUAUGCCCCCACCAUUUUGCAGACCAGCUUGAUUGGCACCACUGAGGACUCCGCUACUGCCACAGAGGGCUCCACCACCUCCGGCUCGUCCAACGAGCGUGUGUUCCAGAUCUCGUUCUUCAAUCUUCCCACCGUGGACCGUAUCAGAGAUAUCCGCACCAAGAACAUCGGCUCGUUGAUGUCGAUCUCAGGAACCGUCACCAGAACCUCCGAGGUGCGUCCCGAGUUGUACCGUGCCUGCUUCACCUGUGACAUGUGUUCUGCCAUCAUCGAAGGCAUCGAACAGGUGUUUAAGUACACCGAGCCCACCUCGUGUCCAUCUUGUGAAAACCAGUCGUACUUCACGUUGAACGUGUCCAAGUCCCAGUUUAUCGAUUGGCAACGAGUCCGAAUCCAGGAGAACUCCAGUGAAAUUCCUACUGGUUCUAUGCCCAGAACUCUCGAUGUGAUCUUGCGAGGCGAGACUGUCGAAAGAGCAAAACCAGGAGACAAGUGCAAGUUCACAGGCACUGAGAUCGUCAUCCCCGAUGUGUCCCAGCUAGGCUUGCCUGGAAUCAAACCACAGUCGGUCAAAGAGAACAGAGGUACCGAGUUGAACUCGGGAAUCACCGGCUUGAAGUCGUUGGGAGUCAGAGAUUUGACCUACAAAUUGGCCUUCCACGCUUGCCACGUCUCGUCCUUGGUCAACAAGACUUCCACCGAUAGUGAAAUCGACUACAAGGGUUCCAACGAGCAGGAAAUGUUUUUGACAUCUCUCACCGACUCCGAAGUGGCUCAGUUGAAGGAAAUGGUCAAGGAUGAGCACAUCUACAACAAGUUGGUGCAGUCCAUUGCCCCAGCGGUUUUUGGCCACGAAGUGGUCAAAAAGGGGAUCUUGUUGCAAUUGCUAGGUGGAGUGCACAAGAAGACCAUCGACGGAAUCAACUUGAGAGGUGACAUCAAUAUUUGUAUUGUGGGUGACCCUUCCACAUCCAAAUCCCAGUUUUUGAAAUACGUGUGUGGGUUUGCCCCUAGAUCCAUCUACACCUCAGGUAAGGCUUCCUCUGCUGCUGGUUUGACAGCAGCUGUGGUCAAGGAUGAGGAAAGUGGUGAAUACACCAUUGAAGCGGGUGCACUUAUGUUGGCCGAUAAUGGUAUCUGUGCCAUUGACGAGUUCGACAAAAUGGACUUGGGUGAUCAAGUUGCGAUUCACGAAGCCAUGGAACAACAAACUAUCUCCAUUGCCAAGGCAGGUAUUCAUACCACCUUAAAUGCCCGUACUUCAGUUUUGGCAGCAGCAAACCCGGUUGGGGGCCGUUACAACAGAAAGCUCGGAUUGAGAGCAAACUUGAACAUGACGGCUCCAAUUAUGUCCAGAUUCGAUUUGUUCUUCGUUAUCUUGGACGAUUGCAACGAGAAAAUCGAUACUCAAUUGGCAUCCCAUAUCUUAGACUUGCACAUGUUGAGAGAUGCCUCCAUCAACCCUCCAUACAGUACAGAAGAAUUAUCCAGAUAUAUCAGAUACGCCAAAACCUUUAAGCCCAAAAUGACCAAGGAGGCCAGAGACUUUUUGGUUACCAGAUACAAAGAAUUGAGAGAGGAUGACUCCCAAGGUUUGGGUAGAAGCUCGUACAGAAUCACGGUCAGACAAUUGGAGUCCAUGAUCAGAUUGGCCGAGGCAAUUGCUAAGGCCAACUGUGUCGAGGAGAUCACCCCUAGCUUCAUUGCUGAAGCCUAUGACUUAUUGAGACAAUCUAUCAUCAGAGUGGAAAUGGAUGAUGUUGAGAUCGACGAGGAAGAAUCCGAAUCUAUUGGCGCUCCAGCCGAAGAUGCAGCUGAUAUCGCAGAGAUCCCAGCAACUACCCAAGAACCUAACUCUAGUGCUGAACCCAAGAAGGAAUCCAUUUCCUAUGACAAGUACGUAGCAAUGAUGAACUUGAUAGUCAAGAGGGUUUCAGAUAAUGAUAACGAAGGUGGAGAAGGAUACACCGCAGAAGAGUUGGUCAACUGGUACUUGACCCAGAAGGAAAACGAAAUUUCUACAGAACAAGAAUUUUACCAAGAAAGAAAAUUGGCAUAUAAAGUGAUGAGAAGAUUGACUAAAGAUAGAAUUUUGAUGAGCGUCACAUCAAACACUGAAAGUUCCGAGCUUCCAGAAGAUUCAGUGAUGCCUGACAGAACUCGAAUUAUAUAUAUUCUUCAUCCAAACUGUGCUAUUUUGGACUUCUUUGAUCAAAGAAACCCAGAACAAGAACAAGAGGAAGGAGAAGAGUGA